UGUUGUGUGGCUGGGGGAAGCGGACUCUGGACGCAGGGGAGAGGUCUUUUGGGGAAGAUGCACACGACGCAGAAGGACACCACCUACACCAAGAUCUUCGUCGGGGGUCUGCCCUACCACACCACCGACUCCAGCCUCCGGAAGUAUUUCGAGGUCUUCGGCGAGAUCGAAGAAGCCGUGGUCAUCACCGACCGGCAGACGGGCAAAUCCCGGGGAUACGGAUUUGUGACAAUGGCUGAUCGAGCUGCUGCUGAAAGAGCCUGCAAAGACCCUAAUCCAAUCAUUGAUGGCAGAAAAGCUAAUGUGAAUCUUGCAUAUCUAGGAGCAAAACCAAGAAUUAUGCAGCCAGGUUUUGCCUUUGGGGUUCAACAGCUCCAUCCAGCCUUAAUCCAGAGACCCUUUGGGAUCCCUGCUCAUUAUGUAUAUCCGCAGGCUUUUGUGCAACCUGGAGUGGUCAUUCCACAUGUCCAGCCUACAGCUGCUGCUUCCACUACACCUUACCUUGAUUACACUGGAGCUGCAUAUGCUCAGUAUUCUGCUGCGGCGGCGGCUGCAGCAGCUGCAGCCUAUGACCAGUAUCCCUAUGCAGCUUCGCCAGCUGCUACAGGAUAUGUCACUACCGGGGGAUAUGGCUAUGCAGUCCAGCAACCUAUCACUGCAGCAGCGCCUGGAACAGCUGCAGCUGCAGCAGCUGCUUUCGGCCAAUACCAGCCACAGCAACUGCAAACAGAUCGUAUGCAAUAGCAGAUGGACCUGGCAAGAAAGCAUUCUUUGUUAUUAUUCCUAUCAAUUUACCUUCAAGCCUUCCAGUAGAAAUAAUUAACUUUUAAGUAAUCCAGCUUUAAAAACAAACAAACAAACG